AUGGCCGCAACGAGCUUUCUAGGAACCCACCUAACAAUUACUACCAUAGCAAUUAAGCUGCACUCUACUACUCGCCAUUGUUCUCUAACUAGAACCCCAAAACCCUCAUGCCUGUCAUCGAUGGUAAAUAACGGAAUAGCCAAAGGCAAGAUGGUAGUGUCGUCGACAUUAUUCAAGUGCAACAAAAGAUAUCACAACCACAUGGAGAUCUAUGAUUCUGCAGAGGAGGAGGAGCACGUGCAGUUCGAGUGGUGGUUUCGCGAGGCUUGGCCUUACUUAUGGGCCCACCGAGGCGGCACUUUUGUCAUCAUCAUAUACGGCGAAGUUGCGUCAAACCCGAAUUACUUAAACCCUCUUCUCAAGGACAUUGCCUUUCUCCAUCACUUGGGGAUCAGGUUUGUUCUUGUUCUAGCCGCCCACGUAGAGAUCUAUAAACUUCUGGCAGGCAGAGGAAAGAAGCCGCUAUUCGUAGGUCCAUACAUAGUCACCAACCCGGAAACCUUAGACGCUGCAAAAGAGGCGGCCGGGCGGAUUUGUUCUAACAUAGAGGUAGUUCUUUCCACAAUGCCCUCCGUAUCCAACAUCUGA